ACCAAAUUUCAGCAAUGUGAAAGAUAUUGCAUUAAAUUUAUAGUCAAAUUAGUUUUGUUGUAAUCAUUAUGUAUAAAGGCUUCACAAGAAUAUUGGCUCUUUAUUGUACAGAAAAGGCUCAACCAUGUGUUUCUCCAUUUAUAAGAACAAAUGUGUUAUGUACUCGUAACGGGAAGUUGGGAUGUAUAGGUUAUGUUUUUAAGAGGACUAAAAAACACGACCGCGGCGGUCCUUCAGCUUUAUUUGUGCCUGUGCCGGUGAAGCCGAAUCCCGAUGACAUGAACAUAGGCGAGGAGUUCACGGGACGGUUAAAAAAGCAAGAUUUAUUGAAGAUUUUGAACCGGUUCUAUCAAAAGCCCGAAAUACGCGUUUUAGCGUCUGAGAAUGGCUUGGAUGACCAGUUAUUGCAUCAAGCAUUCCUAUCCUUUAGAAGACAUUGUUUAGAACACGAUCUGCCGCCUGAUUUACACAUAACCAUAAGUGAUAUAAUCCAAGGUGCUGGGCACGUAGAUGACUUGUUCCCCUAUUUCCUCCGCCAUGCUAGAUUAGCAUUCCCACAUUUAGAUUGUUUAGAUGACUUGAAGAAAAUAUCUGACUUAAGAACUCCAGCAAACUGGUACCCUCAAGCAAGAAGUAUGAACAGAAAGAUAGUAUUCCAUGCGGGUCCCACCAACUCCGGAAAGACAUACCAUGCCAUGGAAAGGUUUCUAGAAGCUAAGUCUGGAGUAUACUGUGGUCCGCUCAAACUGCUGGCUACGGAGAUAUACCAUAAGUCAAAUAAGAGGGGUACCCCCUGUGACCUAAUCACUGGUGAGGAGAGACGGCACGCAAGUCAGAGCAGUUCCCUCAUUGAAUCAGACCAAGAAUCUACCUCAGAAAACUCCGAAACACUUAUAGAAAUAGAGACGGAGCUCACUCCGUCCAGCCACACCGCUUGCACUGUGGAAAUGACCUCACUCAAUAAUACUUAUGAAGUAGCCAUAAUUGACGAAAUACAAAUGAUUGGAGACAGAGGGCGUGGCUGGGCGUGGACCAGAGCUAUUUUAGGUUUACAAGCGGAUGAAAUACAUUUGUGUGGCGAAGCCGGCGCGAUCAACCUAGUCGAAGAGAUAUGCAACACGACGGGUGAAGAGUUAGAGGUACGAACAUACAAAAGACUAACAGAGCUAAAGGUAGAAGAUUGCGCCCUGGCGUCUCUCGACAACGUGAAGCCUGGAGACUGCAUAGUGUGCUUUAAUAAGAACGACAUCUACAGCGUCAGCCGAGCCAUAGAACAGAGGGGCCACGAAGUAGCAGUGAUAUACGGGAGCCUCCCUCCCGGCACGAAGCUAGCGCAGGCGAACAAGUUCAAUGACCCCGACAGCUCGUGUAAGGUCAUGGUAGCCACGGACGCCAUAGGACUUGGGAUCAAUUUGAGCAUAAGAAGGAUAAUCUUCUACUCUCUAAUAAAGCCGGUUAUAAACGAAGAUGGUGACAAGGAAAUGGAUGUGAUAAGUAUAUCACAGGCUUUACAAAUCGCAGGUCGAGCCGGUCGCUACGGCAGCGCGUGGGAAACCGGAUACGUCACCACAUACAAACCGGAAGACCUGCCAACGCUCAAGGAGCUCCUCAGUAAACCUCCAGACCCGGUCAGCCAAGCGGGACUACAUCCCACUUCUGAACAGAUGGAGCUAUACGCAUACCAUCUACCACACGCCAGCCUUAGCAGUCUCAUGGACAUAUUCGUGCACCUCUGCACAGUAGACGACUCGCUAUACUUCAUGUGCAACACAGAAGCCUUCAAGUUCCUAGCGGAGAUGAUUCAGCAUGUGCCACUGCCGUUGCGAGCUCGCUAUGUAUUCUGCUGCGCUCCUAUUAAUAAUAAGCUGCCAUUUGUCUGUGCUACGUUCCUUAAGAUGGUCCGCCAAUACAGCCGGAACGAGCCAAUAACUAAGAACUGGAUGUCAAACACAGUGGACUGGCCUCUCCCAGCACCAAAGACUAUCAUGGACUUAGUUCAUCUAGAAGCUGUGUUUGACGUACUUGAACUUUAUUUGUGGUUGAGCUACCGGUUUCCAGACAUGUUCCCCGACGUGAAACUAGUGAGAGAAAUGGAAACAGAACUAGACGCCAUUAUUCAACAAGGAAUAUUCCAAAUUACGAGGUUACUAAGGAAUUCCGAGCAAGUGCUUCGAGAAGAUAGCGAGGACGCCGCACACGCGAAACAUAGGAGGCCAAGAGUGCACACGAGAGAUGAGGGCAAGGGGAAACUCUCAGAAAUGCUCGUCUCUAAGGGUCUAAUAACACCACAGAUGCUCAAGAAAUUGCAACAAGAGUUGUCAACAGAUAAAAAAUCAGAAACAGUCAGAACGAAGCCAAACAGAAAUAGAAGAAAAUGAAUCAACUAGUUGUACUAUACUUUGUUAUGUGGAUUGUGCUUGACAUGUUUUUUGUAUAUUUGAUCUUCUGCCGUAUUGUAAAUGUGAAACUAGUUUUUUCCCGCGGCUUCGCUCGCGUUAAAUUCUAAAAUUGCUGAAAGGUCCAAACUUCCACCCCCCAUUUUAGGGAAGUGG